AUGCAAGAUACCGACCUCUUUGGAUUAGCUUUGAUUUGUGAUGGAGAAUACCUAUUUGCUGAACCAGAAAGCAAGCUUUCCAAAUAUGCCCCGAAGAGUUGGCGCUCCUCUCACAGCCAUGGACUCGAUGCCAACGGCCGUCCAGCCUUGGCUUUCUACUUCAGGGUUCAAUUUUAUGUCGAUAGUCCCUUGUUACUUAGAGAUGAAACUACAAGACACCACUAUUACCUCCAACUACGUCUCAACGCUUCAUCCGGAGCUGCUGGAGAUCAUGGCACCCAUUUGGCGGGGCUUUCACUACAGGCUGAUUUGGAAGAUUACAGCGAAACCACGACAUUCCGACCAGAAGACUACGUUCCUCCAAAUAUGCGGGGUCCCGCGGCCCUUAGGAUUAUCGAAGCUGCGCAUAGGACUCACAGGGGUUUGUCGAAGAAUGAGGCUCGGGCGAGGUUUAUAGCAGAAGCUUGUCAGCUUCAAGAACCAGUCAACGCUCACGUAUUUAGGUUAAGGGCUUCUAAAUCAGAGCCAGCUCCUGGUUCCCUACUAUUAGCAGUAUGUCCUCGAGGCCUAAAAGUAUGCCCAGAAAAUAAUCCACCAUCAAUAUUUUUAUGGAGCAGUAUUGGAAAACUCAGUUUUGAGCGAAAAAAAUUCGAAAUACGCACUGGUCAUGAAAAAUUAACCCUGUACACAAGUAGCGAUGAAAAAAGUCGUCUCCUCCUGGCUUUGUGCAAAGCUGCUCACCAAUUCAGUAUGGCUGUAGCACCACGUCUUAACGAAGCACGACGGGAAGAAGAAGAAAGGCAAAUAUGGGAUUGCGACCAACGUAUAUCAGUUAUAAGUUCAACUUCGUCCAACACAACAUCUGGAAUCGUUAGCGAUCGUGUUCAUUCGGAAGAUGAACUUGAAAUAAUGAUCACCAGUCCACCAGCCCAAUCGACAGAAAGUUUGGCACUAGCGCACCUGCUGGACAGUGCGCCUGCUAGUAGCCGAACCUCUGCGGCGUCAGCUACUGCUGCUUUGACUACGAUGACUCUUAAAGAAGAGGAAGAGGAAGUGAAGCCAACAUUAAGUGAAAGUUCUACAAAGACCCCUAGUGGAAAAUGUGCUGGAUCACAAUGCAGUUCAUCUUGCAGCACUGUUGUCGUUACGCCUAUUCAAACAAGACGAAGAUCUUCUACAACUAGCAGCUUAGAACUGGGAUAUUCGCAUACUGCCCAAAAUUCAGCGCUCAGCGAUGCAACCUGUAUUGAACUGGAUACCACCGAAGCCGUGUAUACAUCCGGACCUGCCCCAAGUAGUCACACUAGUGGAGUGUACACGUUAACCUCCAGUGAACAAUAUACUCUCAGUUCCAGUGAUCACUAUACCGCUACUAGUGAGCAAUAUAGUACAUCGAGUGAACCAUUUUCCAAUCCAGAAGAUCAUGUUGAUGGACAUUUUAGGGACAGGACAAAUUCAAACGUAAGCAACUCUGGUUCAUUUCAUGGAGAUGGUAGCGACCCUACUGACUGUAAACAAACAUUACUUUCAGCAGAAGAACUAUCAGAUUUGAUAGUAGGGCGAUAUCCCUUGUGCAAAAGUGUUAGUCAUACCUUAGACUCCGAUUCGGAUUAUGUCACUUUACCUUCUUCUUACAAAGGAUAUGCACCAGUUCCACCUAAACGAAUUGAUAGUGUAGAACAGCGGUUUCGACCUCCACCUCCACCAUAUGGGGCACAAUUAACUAAUCCUCCUCCGUAUCCCGAAAAUUCGACUCCAGUUCCACCUCCAGUUUAUCCAUUUGAAGAAGCAGGAGCUAGAUUUAUUACCACUAGAUCACCCAGUGUACUUACGGCUCACGCUAGUGCCGUAAGUGUUAGUUCAUCACCAAGUUAUUCUACGCCUAGUGCUGUUCCGCCAAUACCUCCAAAAAUUCCGAGAGCCCCUCCACCAAUAAAAAACACAGUGGUUUCUCCAAAUAAUUAUUUAGAUGUUGCCGCUAGUAAAGCAAGUGUAUUGGUUCCAUGUACGUUUCUUCCACCGCCUCCACCACCAACUCCAAGACAACCUCCUCCUCCACCUCCCACAGCCCUUACGACGGUUUUCACAAGUCAGUUUUCAAGGUCACAAAUAGAACAGUACCAACAACAAAUGUAUAGUGACGUUGAUUUUGUUGUUUUUCCGUUAAAAGAACCAGCUAUAAGCAAACAGGAAUAUUUGGAGGCUAAACAAGGCUCUCUAUUGGCAGCACUAGCUCAACAGCCAAUAUUCUACAGAAGUACGCCUUAUCUGAAUAGAUACGCUUCAAGUCAGAAUUUGUCAGAUACUUAUGUUCAGUUACCUGUUUAUGGUGCCCCCAGCAUUUCAUCAACUGGAAGCCUGGAUCCUCCACCACCACCAUUACCUCCGAAUAGACCUGGGAAAUUUAUGAGAACCCGAUCUGACGACAAUAUUCUCAAUUCUUUAGAUAUGAAACAGCCCCCAAAGUUUAGAAGAAUGCCGCCUCCUCCGCCACCACCCCCAAUUCCCGAAAAAACAAUCCCAUUAGUAGAAAUUCCUAAUAGUAGUCAUACUGAUUUAAAGAAAAGUACAAGUGAUAAAACUCAGAAUGGAUCUCCUACUAAUAAAGCAUCGGCUUUAGAUAUCCGUACUCUAAGAGAGAAAAGUAAGAAAAUGGACUUGCCAUUGAUAUCUGCAUUGUGCAAUGACAGAUCGCUUCUAAAGCAAACGAAAGCCUUUGUAAUGCCGAAGCACCCAAAUGAAGUGAUCUCAAGGCAAUCUUUAAGCUCUCCUUCCCGAUCUAAAUACCCAGUUACGGAAUUAAAUAGUAGUAAACUUAAGCAACAAACUAGAAAAACGCCUUCGGUUCAUCACAGGCAUCCUGGUGACAAAUUGCCGGACAUACCUCGAGCUACUCCCAAUAAUUACGUCCUAACCGAUUUACGUGUCAAACACAAGACUAUGCAGUCCCAUUCGUGA